UCUACUACCACACUGUAAUCUGGGAAAAAAAGAAAAAAUCAACACUUACAAGGCUGCCCGGGCAUAUUUCCAGAAGGUGUGUCUGCAGGAGCAAAUAAGUUUGAAAACUAACAGGAGCCAUGAAGAUCACACAUUUUGCUCUUCUGGGUGCACUGAUUGUCUUGGCUCAGAUGAGACAAGGUGACUGUGAAAGACAGAAAGAGAGAAACAAGGAAAGGGCAAGUCGUGGAAAAGGUGGAAGGCCAGAGCCUGGAGCCAGUGACCAGAACAGAAGGGCUCAGAAAACCCAUGGACAGAAAGGCUCCCUGAAAGGCAAGUUUGUCAACAAGGAGAAAGCUGAAUGCACUUGGGCACUGAAUGAAGCAGAGACUACUACCUUAAAAGUAGAUUGCAAAGUGGGGGAAAGCAGCUUCUCCUGUGAAUUUGCAGGCAACCCAUCCACCUGUCCACAAUAUUCAGAAAACAGGAAGGCCUUCUGGAAGCAAAUUACCAGAUCUCUCAAGAAGCAGAAGAAGAUCUGUGAGGACCCAAAGAGCAUCUUAAAAUCUAAAAUAUGUAAGAGAGGGCCAUCAAGUGCCCACUUUAGACUGAUAACAUCACAGAGUCCCAAAGAAGAAAUGCCAGCUCACCAUGGAAGGGAAGCAACUCUGGCACCCAUGCCUCCUGCUGCAUCUGAAAAGCGACCAGAGGAAGCAUCCAGAGACUGUGUUGACGAUAUUGAUUAUGUGGAUCAAAAGAAGGUGGCUGAACAGUACUGUUCAGACUCAUGGCUCUCUUUGUGCAACUUCUUCAUUUCAAUGAUACAGGAUAAAAAGUGCAAAUAGAAAUGCAAGAAUGUUGGCAAAGUUUCCUGAGUUACAACAGGCACAACUGUAUCUCAGGCAGUAUGAGGAUAAACUAUUCUAGAUAGCUCUUAUAUCUAUCAUUAGAUACAUUAUAGCUCGGAUCAAAAACAAAAUUUAAUGAAGGGCCACUCUGGAGCUGUGGGAACAGCUUGCCACUCCCUCCUCAAAGUGGGCUGCUGCUAAAUCCAUGGCCAUAACCACUAUGCACCCCACACCACUCCUACACUUCUUGUCCCCAUGGUAGCAACCUUGAGAAGGAGGGUCAGAUGAUGUAAUUCAAGUGCCCAGAUUUGAUCCAGAGUCUGGCAAUUUUUUAUAUGCACACUAUGAUGUAGAAAUCAAGGGGAAACAAACAAAGCCAACAUGUAAACAUAUUUGCAGACUUUUCUUGACACCCCCCCCCCACCAAGACAUUGCUAUGUUUCCGGUCACCAAGGAUGCUCUAUAUUUUAUUUUCCUAUAACGAAGAAUUGGUGUGUGUGUGUGUGUGUGUGUGUGUGUGUGUGUGUACAUACACACACACUACACACACACACACACAUAUAACAAUAAAUAUUGGUAUAUAAAGUGCUGUGUAAAUGUUACAUUUGGAUGUUACAAACUGUACCAAUGUACAGAUUAUGCCUUGUUAGGUGUUCCACCAACCCCCACCCUGGCUUUGUUAGGUUUAGUUCUAUGCACUUUUCAGUUAUUAUUAUUUCAGUUCUAUGCACUUUUUCAUUUUUUUAAAAAAUUCAGAACUGCAAAAAAUAAAGUUGAAUGCCUUAUC